CAGCACUUUACGACAUAUCGCAAACAUGCAGAGCAAUGUCAUGUCAUGGUUUACAGCUAAUGGCUAUUUUUGAUUUUGUUAUUUUUUGUCUUGGAUAAACCGUAAAAGAAAAGCCAAUAAUAAUAUCGGAUUGUACCCAACGCAAAGACUACUAUAGUGGUAGCUGAGACUGAGAACACUUGAUUAAAUGUAUCUAGGUAGUUUAGCAAAAAGUCGCUGCCAGUCUUUAGCCAGCCAGGCUGUUUCUUUUAACUAGCGUUAGCUAUAUUUAGCUUGUUAGUCGGAGCUCCAUAACCGUACGCAUAGAGCUCGAGAGCGCUGCUAAUGCUAGUUAAUUACCGUGUUGAUAGUGGUUGGGACGAGCGGUACGCUACUUGUUGACGCACUGCAAGCUAGUUAGCUAACAGGCUAGUUAGAAGGUUGUAUCUUACUAGCAGGGCAAUUUUGUCUCAUUGAAACACAGCAGCAUUUGUGCUAGGUGUUUGCAGCGUCGCGGCUAGUGAGGAGGGAUACCAAUCUAUCUGGCUAACGUUAACUUGCUAUGUUAUUGUUAGCUUUCUAGCCAGCUUACAUGUUGAUUAGCUAGGUAACGUUCAGCGACAUAAAAGUAUGAUCUUGACGAAUGUUGAGUAGCUAGCUAACUAUUAUAUUGCUAGCUAGUUCACUUUAACACUGAUGUAUGUUUUCCUUUGAGUCGGUUUACGUGAAAUAAGUCGCUGUGCACUUUAUUUGGAAGUUUACUAUCGUUACUUUACAUGGCUAUUUUGCAUCUGAGGGUGUUACAUAGUUUAUAGUUUAGUAGUCUCAGGCUAGUGACAUUUUUUAAUUUUUUCCGGAUGUAAAAUUAUCGACGCUGGUGUGUAUUUUUCUUUUUUCACUAUCCUUGAAUCUUAGGCUUAGUUGACAGAUCCAAUGGAAGAAUUAACGGCAGGUAGAAACCGCCACACCAAGCAGCGCAAGGAGCGGGCCAAGGUGGCGGACGAUCCCGAGAGCUGGAGGACCCCAAGGCGCAUGGACGCGCCCGAGUCUGGAAGGGGCUUCGGCUCUGCACCUGAGCGAGGCUUUCCCCGCAAGAGGGGUGGCGCAGGGAGCUUCAGUGGCAGCCCCAGGAGAGGGGGCUAUGGACCGCUCAGUGCCAGCGCUGGGCAGCGGCCUCACGGCGAGCUUAUGGAAGGGUUCAGGAAGUUCCCCGCUCCGGAGACCCGCCAGGGCCCGGAGGAUAACUGGAGAGAUCGCGCGUUUGCGCCGGACAGCCACAGGAAGAAGGGCUUUCACAAAGAGGAAGGGGAGCACCAGGCCGCCAGGUUAGAGCCCGGCAUGGAGUCGCCCAACCAGGAGGCACCCAGUUCCACCGCAGGCGGGCGCAGGGUCAGGAUGCGGGACCGCAGGAGGAUGCAGGCGGACCAGCAGGACGCCCCGGUGAUCGAUGAGUCCGGACUCAGUGAGGAGCAGCUGAUGGAGCUCAGGCAGGCCGAGAAUCGCAUCGGCAGGGAGUACAUCUACCGCCUGGAGAAGCGGUCCCGGAGCAGUCCCAGUGCCAGGUACAGGUGUUCCCUCUGUGAGCUGCUGCUGGACUCUCUCUCCGCCGCCCACAAACACAUCCGGGAGAAGUGGCACAAGAAGAGAGCACGGGACAAGCGGGAGGAGCUGAUGCUGUCGGAGAUCCUGCCGCCCACGGAGGCGCAGGUGGGAGCCGCGGAGGCGGCGCUCGAGCAGGUGGUGCUGGAGUGCGGGCUGAGCGAGGAGGAUGUGAGGAGGAGGCGUCAAAUCCUGUCCUCCAUGGAGGAGGUGAUCAGAGCCACACUGCCAGAUUGUUCGUUGAGGUUAUAUGGAUCGUCUUGCACUAAAUUCGGUUUCAAGGCUUCAGAUGUCAACAUGGAUGUCAAGUUUCCUUCUCAUAUGCAUCAGCCUGAUGUCCUUCUUUUGGUCCAGGAGAGUCUCUCUAGUAGCUCCCUGUACGGAGACCUUCAGGCGGAUUUCCACGCUCGGGUUCCUGUGCUCAUCUGCACAGAAAAGGCCAGUGGGCUCACCUGUAAGGUGAGCGCCGGCAAUGACUACGCCUACCUGACGACAACGUACCUGUCCGCGGUGGGAGAGCUGGAGCCCCGCCUCCUGCCCCUGGUAGUCGGCCUCCGACGCUGGGCACAGAUCUGCCACGUGGACCAGCCAGAGGAGGGGGGGCUGCCCCCAUACGUCCUGGCGCUCAUGGUCAUCUACUUCCUGCAGCAGUGCAGAGAGCCUGUUCUGCCCGCUUACCUGGGCACCGGGAUUAAGGAGUUCUCCGUGAGCAGGCUGAUGGAUUUCAGGCUGACCGGCCUGGAGGCGGGCUGUGUCCUGUGGGAGUAUUGCCCCGCCCCCGAGCAAACCACGCCCCCCACAGAGAGCUGCUACAGGCAGGGCAAGGCGCCCCUGCUCUUUCCAGCUGACAGGCAGAGCUCGGUCAGGGUGGGGCAGCUGUGGCUGGAGAUGCUGCGUUUCUAUUCGCUGGAGUUCCACAUGGCUGGUCACGUGAUCAGCGUCCGCACGAACUGCCCGCUGUCGCGUGAGGCGCGAGACUGGCCCAAAAACAGGAUCGCCAUCGAGGAUCCCUUUGCGGUGAAGAGAAACGUGGCUGGAACAGUGAACAGCCAGCUGAUGUACGGCUACAUCCUGCACUGCCUCAAAACCACCUACAAGUACUUCGGCCUGCCCCACACCACCAAUCACAGGCCGGACUCCCAGCACCGAGCCAAUCGCAGAGCAGAUGGCGCAGCCCUGUGUGAGGCGGAGCCAGGGGCGGGGUCGGACGACUUCGGGCUGAGCGCGCUCCGGGUGACGUCCGACGCCAGGGGGGCGGACAGGAGCGCCGACUGCGUGAUCGAGGAGGAGAUCGUCAUAGAGACGGAGGAGAGCGAGGAUGCCGACCCCACGCACCUGCCCUACUUCCCGCAGGAGGCGGAGCAGGAGCCGGAGAGCAUGUCGGACUCCGAGGGAGCCGCGCCCGGGCAGGAUAACGAGGACCACGCCCCGGCGGACGAAGAGGAGGAAGAUGAGGAAGAGGAGGAGCCAGAGGAAGGUGGAAGAGCAUUUGGGAAUUGCCUCCCGGACAGCCUCACCCCUGAGCGGGACCUCUACCCCCUGGACGCUGUGUCAGGGGAGGAGCUGCUCUCGGAGGGGGAGGGGCCAAUGGACGUGCCCAGCUCGGUAGGAGAGGAAGAGCCGGCCCCCCAGCCAGCCACUCCAGGCUCUCCCCUGGGGAAAAAUGGGAGACCAGAGAAUGAAGGCCACGCCCCCAGCAGCCUCCGCUACCAGUUCAACAAGCAGGCCUUCACCCGCGGAAAGUCCCACGCUCUGGUGUGCGGUCUUUGUAAACGUGAUGGACACUUAAAGCGCGACUGUCCCGAAGAUUUCAAGAGGGUUGAGCUGGACCCUCUGCCGACCAUGACGCCGAAGUUCCUUGAAAUUCUGAACGAAGUUUGUGUUCAGUGCUACAUGGAUUUUGCUCCAGACGAGCUGGAGGAGCGGGUUCGAGAACACAUCCUGCAGGACCUGGAGAAACACAUCAGAUGCCAGUUUGAAGGGGCCAAGCUGAGGCUGUUUGGGUCUUCAAAGAACGGCUUUGGAUUCAAGCAGAGUGACCUGGACAUCUGCAUGGUCCUGGAGGGAAGAGACGGUGUGGAGGGGUUGGACUGCAUUGCCAUCAUCGACAGCCUGGCCAGAGACCUGAAGAAGCACCCAGGCUUGCGCAACAUCCUGCCGAUCACCACAGCCAAAGUGCCGAUAGUGAAGUUCUUCCAUGUGAGGACCGGUCUGGAGGGAGACAUCAGCCUCUAUAACACCCUGGCUCUGCAUAACACUCAGCUGCUGGCGUCUUACGCCGCCAUCGAUCCUCGAGUCAAACAACUCUGCUACGUCAUGAAGGUGUUCGCUAAGGUGUGCGAUAUCGGGGAUGCAUCUCGGGGAAGCCUGUCCUCCUACGCCUACACCCUGAUGGUGCUGUACUUCCUACAGCAGAGAACCCCGCCUGUCAUACCCGUCCUGCAAGAGAUUUACGAUGGGGAUAAGAAGCCAGAGGUGUUGGUUGAUGGGUGGAAUGUUUACUUCUUCAAGAAUCUGGAAGAUCUGCCCAGCCGGUGGCCCGCGUACAGGACCAACACGGAGAGCGUGGGGCAGCUGUGGCUGGGUUUGCUCUGCUUCUACACCGAGGAGUUUGACUUCAGGGAGCACGUGGUCUGCAUCCGGCGCAAGCUCCCCCUCACCACCUUCAAAAAGCAGUGGACCUCCAAAUACAUCGCCAUCGAAGAUCCCUUUGACCUGAACCAUAACCUGGGGGCUGGUCUGUCCAGGAGAAUGACCAAUUUCAUCAUGAAGGCUUUCAUUAAUGGAAGACGGGUCUUUGGCUCUCCGGUCAAGGUUUUCCCCCCGGAGUACUCCUGCAGAAUGGAGUACUUCUUCGACCCCGAGGUGCUGACCGAGGGCGAGCUGGCUCCAAACGACCGCUGCUGCCGCAUCUGUGGGAAAAUCGGCCACUUCAUGAAGGACUGCCCGAUGCGCAGGAAAGUAAGACCGAGACGGGGCCAUGAGGAUGGGCGGCGGCAUAUUGAGCAGGAAAGGGCGGAGCCUCAGGACCACGCCUUCCAGCAGACAGACAGACGGAGGCAGGAGGACUGGGAAACCAGAGAGAGGCGCUGUUUCCUGUGUGGGUCCCACGCCCACAUUAAGAAGGAAUGUCCCCAACACAGGAACUCCACAGGGGCGUCCUUCUCCUCGUCUGCUCCCAGCAAUCUAAAGAACUACAGAGACAGACGGGGCUCACCUCAGCGGGAGGAAAAGAAGCAGGUGAUUUUGAGCCCUGCUGCAGGUAGUCUUGUGAGUAGGAAUAUGACUCAGGGAAGAUCCUGGCAGAAGAAAAGCAGCCAGAACUGAGAGGUGCUAGAGGAGCAAGAGGUGCUGGAGGUGCAGGGGGAGCAGGAGGUGUUGGGAGUGCAGGGGGAGCAGGAGCUCCACUUGGUUCUCCGUGCUGCAGGGAGACGCAGGUCUUCCACUCCUCCCCACUGAGACCCACACUGAGCCAAAGGUGUUAAUGUUUUUUAAAAGCUCCUUUCAGGGGCAGUUUUUAUUCACCAUCAGUGUUUUAAACCAAAGCCAUUGUGCGUGCUCUUUUGUUAACUUGAUUUUUUUUUUUUUUUUUUUUUGCGCUGUGAAACUGCAUUCAUGUCCAGCAGACACAGUGUAGCUGAGGUUUUGAAAGUGGUACAAUGUGCGAUGACAUGAGCUUGCAGGUCUGAUGCGUUUCUGUUGAGCGAUGGUGUACCGUAAGAACGAGGCUGUGUGCUUUUGACUUAUGCGCAAAAUAAUUCUGUCCUCAAAUAAUCGAUUCUUCUAUGUUCUACUUCUGAAACGAUCAAAUAUAAACACAAUUAAACUACAUGUUCCCCAAAACACUCACACACACACACACACGCAGUUCCUGUGGACUGGCACUGUGGUCCUCUUGCUGAGGGGAGCGGUUGUGUUUGUAAAUGUUUGCCUGUUCAAACACAAGAUUGUCCAAGGAAUCAAUUCUGGUUGUUUUUCUGUAAGUUAAUAAGGAAAUUGUUGCCGGUAUCCCAAAAACUAGUAUUGCACAUGAUCUGAGGACAUAAAUACCCUUACAGAAAUGGAAUAUUCUGCAAUAUGUUGAAAAACUAUAUUGACAAGAUCAGAACAAGAAACUUCAACAUUUCAAAAUAUAUGCUUAAAUAUACAAAGGAUUGCCAUUUUCAAAUAGUGCAGAAAUGUUUUUUUUUUUUUUUUUUUUUAAAUAUAUAGAUGUAGGAUAUUUAACAUUUUCUAAGUCAAUUUUGUUUUCAGUGUAUUCAAAUUCUGUAAGGGUAUGUUUCAAAAUGUUUUUUAUUUCUAUAAUUUAGUUGUGUAAAAUGUUUCAGUGUUUAAAAUAAACAUUUUAAAGUCUUGAUAGCAAGAAUAUGGAUUUAAAUCAAAAGCACACAGCCCUUAAUGUGAGUUUGUUUUGCUGGAUGAUGUUAUGGCCUCUGUGCUUUGCAUAGUAAGGUGGGGCUCAAUCUCAAUUUGCUGCUAUAACUGAAUCUACUGUCUGCCAAACCUUCCCUGGAAAUAAAAUCUCUUUAAAACCUGUU